GGCCAAGGAGUGGGGGGAGGCCCUACGGCUUUGUGCUGGCCUCCGUGGGGAGCCUGUGGUGGCGGGAAGGCUGGUGGGCCCUUUCUCUGCCCAUCGGAGGAGAGAAGGGGCUGAGGGUGAAUCCUUCCACCUAGAACGGGUCGUGUUGGAGAGCGUGCAGAGAAAGACCAAGUGCAGCCUGAUUCUCCAAGCUCUUCCCAAGCUGGCCUCCGAACCUCGUCGACAGUAAGACCCUGAGUCUUCCUAAAACAGAGCUGGAGGGCCCUGGGGAGUCAUCGACCCAUUUCACAGGUCAUCGAUCCUGAAGACGGACGCUUGGAUGUCGGGGGGCCCAUGGCGAGCAGAGUCUUCCCGUUGAGCCUCAGCCAGUCCAAGAUACUGAAGCUAUGGGGGGACAGCAGCACUCUAAAGGGAGUCUUCGAGACAGGGGACAUGUCAGCAGUAGCCACCAAGCUCCAGGCCACCCUUUACUCGCUGGAGAAUGCCAGGCUGGAUGUUGGCAUCACGGGGGACACGGGCUCAGGCAAGUCGACCUUUGUCAAUGCCAUCAGGGGACUGGGAGACGAGGGCCCCAAAUCAGCCUACACGGGUGUGGUGGAAAUGACGGUGGGGCCCACGCUGUACGCACACCCAAAGUACCCCAACGUCGUCGUCUGGGACCUGCCGGGCAUCGGCGUGCCCACCUUCCAGCGGGUGCUGCCGGCCCGUUACAACUUCUUCAUCAUCAUCAGCUCGGAGAGCUUUGCGGCCCACCACGCCCAGCUGGCCCAUGAGCUCCGGCAGUGCGGCAAGCGCUUCUACCUCAUCCGCUCCAAGGUGGACGUGGACAUCGCCGCCUCCCGCAGCCGGCGCCCCAGCACCUUCUCGGAGGAGAGGGUGCUCAGCCAGAUCCGGGAUGACUGCUGUCGGCGGCUGGAGGCGGGGGGCCUGCAGGACCCCAAGGUCUUCUUGCUCUCCAUGUUUGAGUUGGGCAAGUAUGACUUCCACCUGCUGGAGAUGAUGGUGAAGGAGCUCGAGAGCCAUAAGCAGCAUGCGUUUCUGCAGGCCCUGCCCAACGUCUCGAAGCCCAUCCUGGAGAAGAAGGCAGCCUCGCUGCGGCAACACAUCUGGCUGGUGGCUGCGGUGGCCUCUGGCAUCAACCCGAGCCCCGUGCCAGGUGUACGGGAUGUGGUGUGUGACCUACACAUGCUCAUCGACUCCCUGCGAGGCUACCGCUGCAGCUUUGGGCUGGACAAGGACUCCCUCGCCACGUUGGCGGGGCAGAUGGGUCAAUCCCUGCACAAGAUCCUGGAGGCGGCACAGGGCCCGGAGACCCAGGUCACCGAGGCACUGGUGGUGGAACGACUGGGCCAAGCCUCCCGGGAUGCCUCUGCUUUCACCCAGGAGCUCCUCAACGUGCCCAUCCUUGGCACCCUGGCCAACUGUGGCAUCUCCUUCGCCACCUUCUACCAGAUGCUCCACACGUCUCUGGAUGAGGCGGUCAAGGACGCCCAGAGACUGCUGCUUCAGGCCUUCCUCAACGACUCCGAACAUGAGUUCCCAGACAGAUCCAAUCCGUGAUCCCAGCCCUGAGCCUAGGCCAGCUGGAGGUGGCAGCGAGGGACUGGGAGGAUACGGGUUCUGUCCCCAGGCAGGAUGGUGCUGGUGGGGAGGGAAAGAAACUCAAGCUCUAGCUCUCCUUGACUGAGCCUGUGUGCCAUGUUUGUGGUUUUGAGCUCUGGGUUUCAUGCCCUUUGGCCACUGCCCCCACCUUCCCUGCUCUGAACCCCCGCGUCAACCAGCAGUCCCCUGGGAUGGAGAGGGAGCAGGCAGGACACGGGACAGGUAAGCUUUGACAAGGUAGGGAGGAACUCCAUUGUCUAGCUAGAGAGGGCACUUUGGAAGGUAUUGGCAUAGGUCAGGGCAGUGGGGCAAAGGGUUCAGAAGCAUUUCCCCUAAGAAUACAGUGAAUGUCACAGCUCAGAAACAGCCACUGAGAAUCAUCGAGGUUCUUGCCUAAGGUCUUCUCGGUCAGCAAGUGGCAGGGCCGGAGCCUGCCGUGGGUCUCAUGCCCAAACCUUAGCCCCUCCCUCUUGGGCUACUCCUGACCCCAGUGUUUUCUUUACCAUGUCCAGGAUUCCCAAGACCAGGACACCAGGACUGUGUGAGUAUGCCCAAGGGCAGGAGAAGGUAGGGAGACCAAAGGGGUAUGGGGCAGCUGGCGGACAGACUCAGCUGGUGACUGAAACCAAGAGCAUCCGUGAAGGGUGUGGAGCAGCAGGACUGGAGGGUCACGACUAACUGCGGAUG